AUGUGGAUUGCCCCUAAAGGGCGAUUUGAAAUUGUCCCUGAUGAACCCCAAGUCACGGAAAUGAAUAGAAAACCGUCAACUUACAUGACGGGAAGAGAACGUUUUGGGGCUGAGAUAAUGAAACGGCCCAGGGCAACACGGGUCUUAGCAAACCCGAAUGCGGUAGUAACUGAGGACAUUUUGGAGCAUCUUGCGUUAGUAAAUGAGACUCGAAUGGAAUCAAAUAAUACCGCAUCCGGCAAGCCAAUAUUGUCACCGGGACCAGCAUACGUUUCCAAGGUCCCCCAGCUAGAGGAAACGGUGGUCGCAGUAGCAGCUGGCACCAUAGAUCAGCCAAAAUACGGGAUGGCUGUAACGACACAAACGCGAUUGUCCUAG